UGCUGGGGGCAGGAUGGUGCGGACGAAGGCGGACUGCGGCGGGGCCUACCGCAAAGUGCUGGCCGCCCGGGCUCCCCGGAAGGUGCUGGGCUCCACCAGCCUCAACGCGGGACCGUCGCCGGCCGCCAAGAGAGGUGAGAGCGGGGCGCGGCUGGGGCUCCCCUUCCCUCCCCGCCCGGCCUGCGGCGGGGCUGACGGCCGCUCUCCCCGCAGGGGAGGGCCGCCGUGUCGGGGGAACCCGGUGUGCGUGAGGCCUGUCCCCGCCUGGCAGGGCAUCGGCGAGUUCCUGCAGCUGUCGCAGAAGGAGAACCGGGUGCCCGGCGGAGAGGUGGCGGGGAGCAGCGGCCUGGGGCCGGCUGCCAAAAAAGCUCGCCCCCUGCCACCGGAUCCUGCAGAAGAUGGCGAGUCCUCUGAAGAAGAGUAGACAUGAGCUGACCCCAACUUUAAUGAUAAACCGCAUCUCCUACACUCGAGCUGUUUUUUGUAUAGUUUUUUUACAGUUUGUUAUGGCUUACGUUCAGCUAUUGUACAGAACUAAAAGUAUAAGUUUGAGAGACUGCAAGAACAUUGUGGUGAAAUUAAUAUAUACUUUGUGAAGCUUAGCAUUCAGUGUAAGUCACUGUUUUAAUUUUUAUCUUGGUUUCCUUGAGUUCCUCAGUGACUCCUGCAUAUUGUGCAGCUUUUAUCUUUUGAUUGCCUUGUGCUUGUCCGAGACUUGCGUGAUCAUGCUCGUUCUGUCUUUAGAAAGCAGAUCCUCAAUUUUCUAAGACACCGAAGCAUUCUGAAAGUACAUCCAUAUCAUGUCUUU